AUGGCUCCCCUGCUCUUCAAGGACAUGAGGAGCCUCUCGUGCUCGUCGCCGGCGUCCACCGCCAUAUGCCCCAGCCUGGAGCGCCAGCCCAUCUUCCGGCCGCAGAAGGCCGGCGCCAGCCCGCUCUUCCAGGUCCCCGCCGAGCCCAGAGCCCACAGGCAGGACGGCAGGAAAGGGCAGCAGCACCACCACCACCACAGGGCUGGCGUUGCCAAUGGCGAGCUCGCCAGCCCGGCCGGGUCAACAAGGUUCCUGCUCAGCGGCUGUGCCGCCGUCGACGAGAUCCAGGAGGUGGCCACGGCUGCGGCGCCGCCUCCGGCCGCUGCCCCGGGUGGUGGUGAUGUCAGAAGGGAGGAGCCGGCUGCUGCUGCUGAUGUGAAGAACACGAGCACCAACACGCAGGAGCAGGUGGUGGUAUUGAAGGUGUCCCUGCACUGCAAAGCGUGCGCCGGCAAGGUGAAGAAGCACCUUGCCAAGAUGGAAGGUGUUCGGACGUUCAGCAUCGACUUCGCGGCGAAGAAGGUGACGGUGGUGGGCGACGUGACCCCGCUCGGCGUGCUCGCCAGCGUCUCCAAGGUCAAGAACGCGCAGAUCUGGGCGGCGCCGCCGCCGCCGCAGCCCGCCAUGGCCGCCUAG